AAUGCUUCCGCAGCGUCAUUCAUUUCCACACAUCCUCGAAUGUUUCCUUUAUUUGACAGUUUUUCUCUCCCGCCUCUCUCUCUAUAGCAACUACCCUCUCCCUUCCCUACACACGCGCAUAUACAUACAAAUCUCUAUAUUAUAUCUACUAUUAUUCAUCAACACUGUGCUUUCUUCUUCAUCUAUGCGUUGCUCAUCUUCAUACUAAGUUACAUACAUGGGUUCUCGUAACGAUAUUUAUGUUCUACUUCUGUUCUGUUUCGUGCUUCUCAGUUGCUUCAGAUCUGAUGCUCAACUCUUGCCACCAGAAGAAGUACGAGCUCUUCAGGCGAUAUCCACGAGGCUAAAUAACACAUAUUGGACCCUCAGCCAAAGUUCCUGCACUAGUCCUGGAGAUUUCAAUGUGACAUUUACUACCAAGAUCCUUAGUAACGUCACCUGUGACUGCUCAUUUAAUAGGAGCACUGUUUGCCAUGUUACCAGCAUAGAGAUGAAGGGUUUGAAUCUUACUGGAGAAUUAGCACCUGAGUUUGCAGACCUGACUAAUCUGCUCAGAAUAGAUCUUUCCCGUAACAACAUCAAAGGAACCAUUCCCAGAGCUUUUGGCCGGCUGCGUGUCAAAUUUCUAUCCCUUUUGGUAAAUCGCGUAAGUGGCUUGAUUCCACCGGAAAUAGCCAAUAUUUCUACACUUGAAGAACUGGUGUUGGAAGAUAAUCGACUUGAAGGGCCUCUUCCCAAAGAACUCGGAAGUUUGAGUGGCUUGAGGAGACUCUUACUAUCAGCAAAUAACUUUAAUGGAACAAUACCACAGACAUAUGGCGAUUUGAAGAAUCUAACAGAUUUUCGGAUAGAUGGAAGUGGAUUAUCAGGCCGGAUACCUGAUUUUAUUGGAAACUGGACAAAUAUCACUAGACUGGACUUGCAGGGCACAGGAAUGAUAGGUCCCAUUCCUUUGAGCAUUUCUGUUAUGAAAAACCUAAAAGAACUGAGGAUAUCUGAUCUGAGUGGAAGAGAUUCACCCUUCCCUGAUUUAAAAGAUAUGAAAAGCAUGGAAUAUCUGGUAUUGAGAAACUGCUUGAUCAGUGGUGAAAUUCCAGGAUACUUAGGAGAAGGAUUCACUAAACUUAAAAACUUAGAUCUGAGCUUCAACAAGUUGACUGGCCGAAUCCCAGAUUCACUGGAACCCUUGAACUUGAAUAUGAACUUUUUGUUUCUGAAUAAUAAUUCGUUAACUGGAGAUGUACCACGCUGGAUUUUUAGCAGCAAAGAAAAUUUUGAUGUUUCUUACAACAAUUUUACACGGGCAGAUCAGUAUAGCUGUCAGCCGUCUACUGUGAACCUAGUUUCUAGUCAUUCAUCUUCAACAAGCAAUUCUGUUCCUUGGUGCUUGAAAAAAGACCUCCCUUGCUCCCGAAAUCCUCAAUAUUACCAACUGUUCAUCAAUUGUGGAGGAACCAAAACAGAAUGGGAUAGAAAUGAGUAUGAGGAAGACUCAGUUGGACAAGGUCCAUCUUACUUUUCUUAUUACUCUUCAGAGAAAUGGGCAUAUAGCAGUACAGGACUGUUUCUGAACAAUGACAAAGCUAGCUUUGUUGCAUUAAACAAUAAUAUGACUGGAGCAGAUAUAUAUAAAACAGCCCGCCUUUCCCCUUCUUCACUUAGAUACUAUGGUCUUUGCUUGCGGAAAGGUAGUUAUAAAGUUCGCCUGCACUUUGCUGAAAUUCAGUAUUUCAAUGACAGCACAUUUAGCAGCAGUGGGAGGCGCAUUUUUGAUGUAUCUAUCCAAGGAAAAGUUUUAAGGAAGAACUUUGACAUUGCUGUGGCUGCCAAGGGAUUUGGUUUGCCAACCACCUUGGAAUCUGAUGUUGAUGUCGAUGAUGGUACUUUGGAGAUCCACCUGUAUUGGGCAGGAAAGGGGACUACUGCAAUUCCAGACAGAGGUGUAUAUGGACCACUCAUAUCAGCAAUUGCUGUAACCCCAAAUUUUCAUGUUGACACUGGUGGUUUAUCUACUGGGACUAUAGUCGGCAUUGUAGUUGGUUCAGUUUCGGGUGUCUUAUUGAUCUUAUUAGUACUUUGGAGAACAGGUUUCCUAGGAGGAAAGGACAUUGAAGAUAAAGAACUUCGAGGAGCUAUUGAAUUACAAACUGGUUAUUUUAGCUUAAGACAAAUCAAAACUGCCACCAAUAACUUUGAUCCUGCAAAUAAGAUUGGUGAAGGUGGAUUCGGGCCAGUUUUCAAGGGCGUCCUACCAGAUGACUCAGUAAUAGCUGUAAAGCAGCUCUCCUCAAAAUCAAAGCAGGGAAACCGUGAAUUUGUUAACGAGAUAGGCAUGAUAUCUGCUUUGCAACACCCAAACCUUGUGAAGCUCUUCGGCUGCUGUAUUGAAGGGAACCAGUUAUUGCUUAUAUACGAGUACUUGGAAAACAAUAGUCUUGCUAGAGCACUUUUUGGUCGUGAAGAACAGAGACUAAACUUGGAUUGGCCGACUAGAAAGAAGAUAUUUUUGCAGAUAGCAAGAGGCUUAGCUUAUCUUCAUGAAGAAUCAAGGUUGAAAAUUGUGCACAGGGACAUCAAGGCUACUAAUGUAUUGCUUGAUAAAGAUCUUAAUGCAAAGAUAUCUGACUUUGGUUUGGCUAAGCUUGAUGAAGAAGAAAAUACCCAUAUCAGCACACGAAUUGCUGGAACAAUAGGAUAUAUGGCUCCAGAAUAUGCAAUGAGGGGUUACCUGACUGACAAAGCAGAUGUGUACAGCUUUGGGAUUGUUGCACUGGAGAUUGUUAGUGGGAAAAGCAACACUAAUUACAGACCAAAAGAGGAGUUUGUUUAUCUUCUUGACUGGGCAUAUGUACUUCAAGAGCAAGGAAAUCUUCUAGAUAUUGUAGACCCGGUUCUUGGCUCAAACUACUCGAAAGAAGAGGCACUUAGGAUGCUAAACAUGGCACUGUUAUGCACGAAUCCAUCUCCCACACUCAGACCACCAAUGUCUACCGUGGUGAGCAUGAUUGAGGGAAAUAAGAAAGUCGAUGCACCAACAGUCAGUCGAACCACAACAGAUGAUGAUAUGCGGUUCAAAUCUUUUGAAAAGCUCUCACAUGAUAGUUACUCUCAGGAAAGUCGAGGAGAAAGGACCAUGUCAAUGGAUGGUCCCUGGGUUGAUACUUCAAUGUCAUUCCAGAGCAAGGAUACUGAUAUUCACAAUCCUAGCUCACAGAGCAAGCUUCUCCCGGAUCUGUAUGACGUAAAUAUUGAAUGAUUUCACAAUGAUUUCCUGCUCCACUUCAAUAAUUCGUCAAGUAUGCCUAUUUGACAAUCAGGCAUCUUUCUGACCACUGUCUAGUAAAUUUCUUACUCAUUUAUCAAGUAUAUUACUUCUAUCCACGUAUAUUCAUUGAAGUGACAUGUAAACAUUUACAAAUUUUGUUCCAUCUCUCAUGUAAAUAGAUAUUUCAUUUGAUUAUGUAAUUAUUUGUACAA